AAUAAUGAUUGUGAUAAAAAUAAAAGGAGAGGACAUUUAAUUAUAUUAUAGUGCUUGCUGCAUGAGGCCCAGUUGUGUAUUUUCUGUCACUUUGGUACGAUGCAUGACUCUAAAAACUACAUUUACCCAUGAUCCUCUGGGUGUGUGGCUGUUGGCAUCCACUUCCAGGAACGGUCUCACAAACAUUCAGCUUCUGGUUAUCAAAUGGUUGAAAAUAUUAUGACACAAAACUAAUACCUGUCACUUUGGUAUGACGCAUGACUCUAAAGACUACAUUACCCAUGAUCCUCUGGUGCUUUUACUAUAGGGAAUAAGUAGCUAAUCCAAACUGAAUGGUGUUUGAUGUUGACACACUUGUACCUUUUUGAUUUUCUUUUAUAUAGAAGAACCAGGUUUUUUUAGGUUUAGCCCGUUUUUAGCGCGUUUCUGAGCCACGAUGGAAGUCCUCCUGCAGCGUCCCUGGCUUCCUGUGAGCAUUAAUGGAGUCCAGCUCCUCUCCAAGAGCUGUUUUGGGGAAACGGAGUAUCACAUCCUGCUGACGGACAUGAAGUGUGUGUGGGAGGAGAGGAUGCAGUCUGCAGACAUCGAGACACGAGCACAGGAGCUGAACAGACGUCUGCGCGCCCCGGUCAAAGCUUUCUUCUCCCAUCUGUCUGAAGUGGUACGUCCUGCUCUGACAGGAAGUAGCGGGGGGACUAAUAUCUCUGUGACACAGGAGGAUGGAAACAUCAACAUGAAACUGAAGAGUGAACUCGCAGGGCUGCCCUUCUACUGGGAGUUUCACUGCACCCCCGCCCCCGUCACAGUGGUGUGCUCUCAGCUGGUGCGCCCCCUGCUGGCGAUGAGCUUCCUGAUGCAGCGGCAGGUGGAGCAGCUCGGAGGUUUACUGGGGAGGAAAGACGCUGAGAUCCAGGACUACAGAGAGAACGGAGCCACGCUGAGCAGAG